AUGUGGCUGGACUUGAACAAAGGAGAAGUCAAGAAUGCAAAGCACGCAAUUGUUUCGUGCCCCGCCUUGGUAGUGUACAACAUGGCCUCGUUGUCUCUGCGACAGUCGCCCAAGGCGUGGCACUGGAGGGGAUGGCAGAGGCGUUGUCUUUCUGCGCACGGUGGAAACGAGUCAGAUAACCUCAGCAGGCGCCAGGCACCAAGUUGUUGCCAACGUCGAACUCUCGGAGAACAGCGGGGACACAGAAAUCCUGACCACCGAAAUCACCGACCUGACCACCGAAAUCACCGACCUAACUACCGAUCUAACUAA